CCCGACGCGCCGAAUCCGACGCGCGACCGCCGCCAGGCAACCCAGCUCGCCGCCGCGAACAAUCACCUAGACACGCCGUAGUCCCAAUGAUGGAGUACGCGCAAUACCAACAACAGCCGCAAGGCCACCACCCUCAGAGCCAGGGCCACCUACAGAACCCAUAUCCCAACUCCGGGCAGCUACCGGGGCCAGGCGCACCCCUCACGUCGCCGACAAACCAGCCGCUGCACCAACAACAACACGCGCUCCACGGCCAGACAUCCCCCAUCCUGCCGUCGCAACAGCAAGGCGCGCAGGGCCAGGGCCACCCCGUGCACCAGCAGAUGUACAACCAACCCCCCUACGGCGUCCAACCGCAGGGCAUGCACUACGGGAUGCCCGGCGGCAUCUCGACACAAGCCGCCGCCAUGGCAGCCACCGCCGCCGCCUCAGGCCAAGGCUACCCAUUCCUAUCAUCUGACCCGAGUCUCCCCAACACCUCGCCGCGCAUGGGCGGCCUCAACCUCAAGAAAGACGCUGCGCGCCGCCCGCGCUCGCCACACCAACUCACAAACCAACUCGGCCACCCCCGCCGCGUAAGCACGCAACUCGGCUCACCCGGCGCCCCAGCACAACCACUCAACCACGUCGCGCGCCCCGCGGCGCCACCGAUGCCCGCACAAGCACCUCAGCACCCGCAGUCGCCCGAGCUCGUCGCGGGUGCAGGAGCAGAAGAGAGUCCGCUCUACGUCAACGCGAAGCAAUUCCACCGCAUCCUGAAACGGCGCGUCGCGCGCCAGCGCCUCGAGGAAGCACUCCGCCUCACCUCAAAGGGGAGGAAACCGUAUCUCCACGAGUCGCGACAUAACCACGCGAUGCGCCGGCCGCGCGGUCCCGGUGGGCGCUUCCUGACCGCCGACGAGGUGGCGGAGAUUGAGCGCAAGCAGGCGGAGGGCGAAGAGGGGGGCGCGGAGGCGGUGCCUGCUACGGCGACGCCGGCGAAGCAGGGGAGCGCGUCGACGCAGGGGAGUGCAGGCGCGCCGGGGGCGGGAGUGGCGCCGGGUGCGAAUGCGAGUGCGCCAAUGUCCGGGGGGAAGAGGAAGGCGGAGGAUGAGGAGGAGGCGACGCCGAGUAAACGCGUUAAGGCGAGGGCGGCGAGCGAGGAUGAUGAUGAGGAGGAGGAGGAUGUGGAUGAGGAUGGCUAGAUGGGGUCGGGUGAGGUUCGGUUUGAGCCAUGUGUUUGUGUGUGUGUUGCAUAGCGCGUUCGACGGGUCUGGGACUCGUCGUCGUUGCUGCGCGGCCUCCACCCUCCACAUCCUCCCGUCCAUCUUGUUAUUCCACUCAGUCAUCAAUCAUCCUCAACCAGUACACCACUUCUACACACCCCUACAUACCAAACUCCUAAACCACCUCGCCUCCCCUUUUACGACGAAACGAACCGUUGAUGAAAUCACACCGCCCUUUGUUUUUUUGGCCUUGGGAAGGGGGGGGAAAGAAAAACUUUAUCUUGCCACUACUACUACUACUGCUGCCCUGCUGCGUAACUUUAACUUACUACUGCUGUUUUUUGCUUUGGACUGUUUGUUUCUGAGAGGGAGAUGUGUUGGAGUGGGAGGAAUUAUAACAAUUUUUUGUGUUUGAGUUGAGAUAAUCUUGUUUUUAUUUGUUUUUGUUCGAGGGGGGAAGAAGGAGG